GGAGCCUGGGGGUGUGCUGCGGUGUGGGCGAGCGUGGAGCCCCGGCUGCAGGGACAGGGAGCAGGACAGCGCCAGGAGCGUCCACCGGGAAAGGAGAAGCCAUGCCCAGGAGAGGUUUUAGAGGCAUGUAUAUAUCUAAGUGGGCAUUAAGAGAACACUUUGAUCCCCGCAAGUAUCCACGGGAGACGUACCUACUGUGCGAGCUGGAGUGGGGUAGGAGCAGCAACUUUUGGCAGCAUUGGGUCAGAAAUGACAAUGAUAACGAUUACCAUGCGGAACGGUACUUCCUGGAGAGAAUCUUCGAGCCAAGAAACAACAAUUUCUGUAACAUCACCUGGUACCUGUCCUGGAGCCCCUGCCCAGAGUGCUGUCAGGUAAUACAGGAUUUCCUGGAGAUGCAUCGCAAUGUGAACAUAGACAUCCGAGUAGCACGGCUCUACUACUCAGACACUGCAAGGAACCGCCAAGGCCUGAGGGAACUUCACAGCUCGCAGGGAAUAACCAUUGAUGUCAUGGAAGAAGAAGACUAUGAAUACUGCUGGGAGACCUUUAUAGCAGGCGAUGUCAGUUAUGAUUUCACACCCGUGGAUUAUCAACUGGAGAUAUGGAGGAAUCGUUUAAAGCUCAGAACUAUCCUUACGGGUCUUCAUUACUAGAACCAAAGAAUCACAGAAUAUCUCAAGUUGAAAGAGAUCCAGAAUGAUCAUCAAUUCUAACUCCCUUCUACUCACUCUACCUAAAACUGAACAACAUGGCUAAAAGCAUCAUCCGUGUUAUAAACAGUUGUAGUAGUUGGCUUUUGCUAUAAUUUGUUUGUUUUAAUUAUGAAAUUGUAACUGUUUGUAGAUAAUUAGAGUAAGUCUUAUAUUGCUUUUAAGUAUGGUAAAUUUUUAAAUUACUUUUAGGCAACGUAAAAGGGGCAAUAAUGGCUUUCACAAGAUGUAAGUUGUCUUGCAAAAGGUGUGUUUUAAGAUAUGCUUGCUAUUACAAAAUGUAUAUCCAAGGUAGCAUAAGUGAAGAGCAGAAGACCAUAAAGGAAGAAACCAAGCUUAAAAUGGCAUCAGAAGACCAUCAGAAGACCACCCUAGACUGCUGACAUCUCCAACUAUUCAGUAGUGCAAACGCUGCAAAAAUCUGAAGCAAGACUGUAGUCAACGAGCCCAAAAUUUUUCUAAUGUCCAAGCUGAGCAUCCACAAAUGCAGUUUCAUUCCAUUUACACUAGUCCCAUCACUGGUCAGUGGUUCCAGGACUACAUAAAUUUCAGGACUGCCCAAAUUUCAGGAUUACCCGGUCCCAGCUGGAGAAUCCAGCACUUGCUCUUGUAAUAUUUCAUGCAGUUGGUGACUGCUCAGCUCUUCAGUAUCCAUAUCUCUCUGCUGGGCCUCUGUACCCUCAAGGGAAUCCACACAUCCUCCUAGUUUAGUCUUGCUGGGGAAGAUUAAACAGAGAAACCUUAUGAAUAUGUUUGCUUAGCAAAAUAUUCUGAAAAUAUGAAACCUAGAAUUGAAAUAGAAAUGAAAACUAGCUUUGAGCUAUAGGAUACUGACUGUUAGUUACUAUAUAACCAAAGAACAGUAGCCUAGCCAGCUGAAGGAGAAUCCCUGUUGAUUGAACAAUACCCUAAUUAGUGAAUCCAAAGGUCAAAGCAGCAAGAGAAGAAUUUGAAGACUAGCUUUUAAAAUGUAACACUAUGGUAAUGUAGUAGUUCUUAUAGGCUGUAUGUAAAUUCUAUAGAACGUGUGCCAUGUACUGGUUGGUUACUGUGAAUUAGAAUAUUCACUAUAGAAAAAUAUAUAAUGCAUUGUAACAAGAGCUUCGCUCUCUUAAGUACUUUUACUUCUUACUCUCUUACUUUCUUCUCUUUACCUCUUUACCUCCUUAACCUCUUACUCUCUUAAGCUCCCUCUUAACCUCUCUUAACCUGUGACUUUUUUACCUCUUAGGCUCUUACCCUCUCUUACCCUCUCUUGCCCCUCUCUCUCUACCCCCUUCAUUACUUUCUGCCCUCAUGCUCUCAGCCUCCUCUUUCCUCUCUCUUUCUCCCUCUUUGAGCACGUUUACGCUGUGGCUGGCAGUGUAAAAGGAUCUCUUCCACCCUCUACCUAAAUAAUAAACUGCUUAUCCCAAGAGCAGCCUGGCUUAGAGAAGUCUCCCACUGCGAGCCCGUUUUACUCCUACAAGUCUCAUUGGCAAGAUUCCUUAAUUUUGGUUCCUACAUCUGAUUCCUCCAUACAGGUGAUUUAUAAGAAGGUUGAAGAUCGCUGGCUGUAAAAAUGAGCCCCGAGGAACCCCAGUGGUGACUGGUCACCAGCCUGAUGUAAACCUAUUGACUGUAACUUCUUGAGGCAUCACUCACCCAGAGCCCUGUGGAUUUCUCUAGCUGUGUGCUGGACAUUUUACCCUGAAGGUGAAGUACUGAGGCCUGAACAACAGGCCCUGAGGCCAUGAACCAAAGUUGACCUCUAGAUGAACCUUCCAACCAAAGUUUAUAUUUCCAUCUGCUCAUAACAAAGUGCUGUUAGCAAUAUGAUACAUGUAUCUUUUCCUUGGCAAGAGAUGUAUUUACCUUUCUGUAUUUAGAAACUGGACAAGGCCAAGUCUUUUUUGCUCUACCUCCAUUUUUCUAUCUUUCCUUCUUCCUUUCUCCCUCUUCUUAAAAGUUUAACUUACUGCUCCAGCAGGCUGCUCAAAGAUCACUGUUGCCACAUGUUGUUCAGAAAGGUUUAAUCUGCAAGCUGUUCAGAAAUGUAUAAGCUGUUGCUGCUACAGGCUGCUGAACCUAUCAUAUGGCUUAAAUUGCUGUGGUCUGUAUAAAUAAAACUUUCUAAUUGAU